AUGGUGGCAUGGUGUUUAUUCUGUAUUGUCACUAACGCCGUUUUUCAGUAGGUUUAAAAACUUUUUUUAUAGUGUAUUUACAACAUUGUACGAUAUGGUAAAAUAAAGUAAGUGAAAAGUGUAGUAUAGGAAAGGGUCGGGUAAAUUAGGGUUGUAUAAAAAGCUAGAAUAUGGUAGGGAAAGACUGAUUAGUAAGGUAGGGUAAAAUACGGGGUUUGAAAAUGCUUAUUUAUAAUAUUUUCAGAGUGUACUCAACAGUACGAUUGUUAGAGACAGUGCAGGAGUUUGCUUACAUUGUACUAUUUGUUUUUAUGGGUGUCUUUGUUUAUCCAUUGGAUAGUAAGGUAAGUCGUUAUUAAUAUCUAUGUAUUUGCAUACUUUGAUUUUUUUCUAGGCCUUGUGUACAGCCACUGCCAUCAUAAUCAUGUUCUUUAUGAAUUUUGUUGCUUUGAUUUUCUUGGUCAAGGAAAUAUUGGCUACGUGGUGAGUAAAUACAGUAGAACUCCUGUACAACAGACUCCACUAUAACAGAGUCUCUUUAUAACGAACAAAGUGAAAAUUCUCAAGAGCUUUAUUAUACCCAGGGUCUACUAUAUAUAGUUAUGUUAUUCUGCAGUACGAUACUAAAAUAUUUUUUUAGAUCUUUAAAACAUAUUGUGCUCACAGUACUAAUUAUACAUUUUUUAAUGCAAUUUUGCUUUCAGUAUGAUCAGAAACUUGAUUAAAACUAUCAACUUGUUUCACUGGAUAUUAGCUUUCUCAUUUCCUAUUGUUGGUGCUGUUGUGGCGACAAUUGUCGGGUAUUACACUUGUUCUGAUUACUUUGGUAUUCAGCAACCACAGUAAGUUGAAAAAAGACUACACGCUUAAUAUUAUUAGUCUUAGACUAAAGCUUGUUACGCUAAGGCUUAGUAGGCUUUGGUGUAAUAGACUUAAACUUAGUAAGCUUAGGCUUAAUAGGUUUAGUCAAAGAACAAUUAGGCUUAAUACUAUGAGGUUUAAGGUUUUCUUAUAUCAGUAAUAACUAUACAUUACAGUUGCUUCUGCUACACUCGUACAAAACAAUUCUGGGCGUUUGUAAUGCCCGUUUGGAUCAGCUUUGUCCUAACAACUCUAGUGCAACAAUUUGCAUUUACUAUGUGUAAAAUGACAGAACUUGAAGGUAGUAAUCUGUCACAAAUGUAUUGGGCUUUGUAAGUUUACUUUUUUUUAAAUAUUGGUUUUUUUUAACUUUUAGGUUUACUUAUCUUAGGCUCAAAAAGGUUUGAGCUUAGUAAACUUAGUCUUAGUAGGCUUAGGCUUAAUAGGCUCAGGCUUAGUAGACUUACGCUUAGUAGGAUUAGGCUUAGUAGGCUUAAGCUUAGUAGGCUUGGUCUUAGUAGGCUUAGGCUUAGUAGACUUACGCUUAAUAGGCUUGGUCUUAGUAGGCUUAGGCUUAGUAGACUUACGCUUAGUAGGUGUAGGCUUAGUAGGCUUAGGCUUAGUAGACUUAGGCUUAGUAGGCUUAGGCUUAGUAGGCUUAGGCUUAGUAGGCUUAGGCUUAGAAGGCUUAGUAGGCUUAGGCUUAGUAGACUUACGCUUAGUAGGCUUGGCAUUUUAUUUAAAUUUUAAAAUUGAAAAUUAGAAUUUUUUUAAAUUUUUAAAUUUUCAGUAAAACCUGUAAGUCAAGUACUCUACUGUUUACAUGGUCGGCCGUAACUAUAUAUUCUCUGAUGUUUGCAGUCGAUAUGCAAAUUAUGUGGCUGAGUUUUGGCUAUUUCAUCGCUAGCCUAAUCUUUGGUCCAAUGUUAUUUGUUUGCCAUACUUAUAGUCAUGCUAAUGUAAGUCAGCCUACCUAUCUUAAUUUAACCUAUUUGUAAAUAUAGGCUUACCAAACAUAUAUUACCGUUCCUUAUAGGUAAUUUAUGGCCUGUCACGAAAGGCAAGUACGUAUUUUACAAAGAUAUUUUAGACCUGCAUAUCUCUUUAUGCCCAAACAUCAAUUCCAUUCUACCGACCUUGUCCACCACCUCAUCCCACCUAUAACGAACAGAUCAACUUUAUGUUGUCAAUACGAAUGCAAAUACCAUUGUUUGAUGACCCGGCUAUCAGGACGAGAUGCGAAACACAAAACAGAGUUAUACUGGAAACACCACCUAGUAUUAAGGUAAGAAUCGGCUUUGUAAAGUUGUAUUACUGUAGGACUAUGUAGAAUGUAGAAAAAGUGUAUGACUAUAUAUGGGUAGUUAAGCUAGGGCUAUAGAUUAGAUAAAAACUCGGGUUAAAGUUUAAGUUACGGUUUUAGCUAAGGCUAAACUAACGCUUAAGCUAGGGCUAGGGAUAGAUAUUGUGGCAUAAAUUCAGCUAACAAGACACAAGUAAGACCUUGGACUAGAAUCUAACAUAAGGCUUAGUCUAUGGCUCAUUUUAGGGCUAGAGAUUUGGCUAGAGAUUAGACUAAGGUUUAAGCUAGGAAUAAGACUAUGGGUUACAGCUCAAGUCUAAGUCUAAGACUCUGGGCUAGGGUUCUGAGCUAUGGCUCUAGGCUCUGGGUUACAGCUCUAGGCUAUGGCUCUAAGCUAUGGCUAUGGCUAUGGCUAUGGCUAUGGCUAUGGCUAUGGCUAUGGCUAUGGCUAUGGCUAUGGGCUAGGGCUCUGGGCUAGGGAUUUGGGCUGGGGCUCUGGGCUAGGGCUGAGAUCUAAUUCUAGGGCUAGCUGGCUUACUUUGUUAUUUUCAGAAACGAAAAAAACCCUAAAAAGAAGGGCUGUUCUUGGGAAUAAUGUCACCGCAAAACCUGAUUCAGCUCCAGCUGUGGUGGACUGGUACUAA